ACAAUCACAUCUGAAAUCUCUGAUACGAGUCUCAAAUAAACAUAAUAAUGCGACGACGCGAGCUCGGUUUUAUUUUGGUUGUUCCCUUCGUAGUGCUACUUGUCGUUGCCGUGGUGCAGCAACCAAUCGAAGCAACCUGUCCCGUGCUCGGUUGCCCGGCGGAUUUGUUUGCAGCAGAAGACGGCGAUUUGGUUGGACGCUCGACGACAAUGGCUGGGAAACUGUUGGCCUGCGAUUUCGAGGUGUUUGGAAUUGUCCAAGGGGUAUUUUUUAGGAAGUACACUCAGAAGCAAGCCACCAGCCUUGGAUUGAAGGGAUGGUGCAUGAACACCCGGGACAGGACAGAAGGCCAAAUGGAAGGAGAGGCGAAGCCGAUCAAUGAAAUGAAGUACUGGCUGCAAAAUAAGGGAAGUCCCACCAGUCGCAUCGACAAGGCUGUUUUUGGCGAGCUCAAAGAGAUUCCCAAGUAUUCGUACAAUGAUUUCGGAAUCAAGCGUUAGACGUGUGGUGUUGUGUUCCCCAAGGGAUGUUUGAACAUUGAAAUUAGUUGUGUUCUGCGUGAUUUACCUUAUCUAUUUAAAAAAAUAUUUCUAAUAAAUACCAAUUGAGAAGUUAAAAAUAAAUUA